AGCGGCGGUGCCGGUGAGGGGAGGCCGGGUCAGGCAAGGCCGCGGUGGGCCCCGUCCAACCGGACCGUGCCGGGGCCGCCGCCGCUCCGCUCUCCCCGGGUCGCGUCGGGUGUGCGGGGCUUGGGCGGAGCUGAGGAGCGAAGGGAAGCGGCGGUACAGCCGGUGGGGGGAGCGCGGGGGGCCGCUUACCGACCCCCCGGCCGCUCUCCAGGGAACCGGGAGCGGCGGGCGGCCGUCGGGGAUGUCCUACAAGCCCAUCGCUCCCGCCCCCGCUACCCCCGGAGCCGCCAGCGCCAGCCCCGCCCCGCCGGGGCCUGGGGCGCCGCCCGCCGCCACGAGCGUCCCGUCGCCCUCCGGCUCCGUCCCCGGCGGCGCCGCCCCUUUCCGGCCGCUCUUCAAUGACUUCGGGCCGCCGUCCAUGGGCUACGUGCAGGCGAUGAAGCCCCCCGGGGCUCAGGGCUCGCAGAGCACCUACACCGACCUGCUCUCCGUCAUCGAGGAGAUGGGGAAGGAGAUCCGGCCCACCUACGCCGGCAGCAAGAGUGCCAUGGAGCGGCUGAAGCGGGGUAUCAUCCACGCCCGGGCGCUGGUCAGGGAGUGCCUGGCAGAGACAGAGCGGAACGCUCGCACGUAACAGCUGCUGUCACCCGGGACCCCCCCGGGACCCCCGGUGGCCCUGCCCGCUGGCGGCGGGGGGGGGCUGCCGUGCUGCCCGUGCUCUCCGCUCUUUAUAAAUGCGUGUUUUUAUAAAUAAAGGACAUGGUUGGGA